AUGCCGUUUGCCGCGUUUGAGCAUGAAUCAUGGCAUGCGUUCUUCAUGGCGCUUCGCGGAAGCUUCAAGAUUCCAUCGACCGAAGCAAUCGGGGGCGAUUUGAUGCGAUCAGAAUAUGCGCUGACAAUGAACGACGUUCUGCUCGCUCUCGCCAAGAAUACUCUCAUCUGCUUCACGCUGGACGGUGCCACGAGCGUACAGGGGAAACAAGUCAUCAACAUGAUGGCGUGCGAACCUAAGCCGUUCUUUCUUGAACACUUCACGAUGGAGCUGCGACGGGAGAGCGCGGCUAAUCUGCUGGAGAAGCUUCUGAACUGCAAGCUGUGCCUACUGGGCUCGAUCAGAAAGCCGGCCCCUGGUUUCGUGCUAACUACGGACGAAGAGGAUGUUGAAAACCCAAUGAAUGACACAAAUGCUGAAGUGGAGAGGGAAGAAGGACGUUCAUGCAAGACUAACGAGCACUUCAUCAAUCCGCCGAUGUUCUGUUUCUGCACCGAUUCUCCUAGCGUCAUGGUCAAGUUGCGCAAGGACUGCCUGAACACGAAGGAUUUGGUGUUCGCAACUUUCCCGGCGUGA